GGGCACGCACGCACGCACGCGUCUCCCCGCACCGCAAGCCUAGCUAGGCUCCGCAAAUCCCAGAGCCGUCGCGAGCGAACCCUAGUAGCCGUACCAUGUCGUCUCUGCUGCGCUCGCCAAGCAUCCGCCGCGCUCUCUCGGCGGCCUCACCUGGGGGACCACAGGGAGCUUCCUUCCUCCGUGCCCCAUCAGCAGUAGCCGCCGCCAUCGGAGGAGAGGGAGGAGCCACCAUCCGCCGCGGUCUUGGGCUCCCCACUGUGCCGCGCCGCCACCUCAGCGCACCUCAGCACAACCGCCACCUUACUGCUACUGCCGUCGAUCAGUGUGAUGCGCUGUAUGAGGAGGUUCGAGCAACGAAGGUUUCGUCACUGGAAAAAGAUCUCCUUCAGCGCAUCAUUGAAAGCUGCUCGAAUGCUUGCUGUGAGUUUGCCCAGAAGGAUAAGUGGAGGACAAGGAUGAUUUGUGCUGCGACAUUGGGUGGCUUCUUUGCUGGAUCUUGGAUGAGAACGAGGAAGAUGGAUAAUGAGAGAGAGCUCAGGAAUGAGGACCAACCAGGGAACGGAGCUGACGAGAACCUCCUGGAAUAAACAGGAUGUGAGAGCGUUCAUGCUGUGGGACAUGUAGCUUGUUUAGUUAAGGAACUCGUCUGCCUUGCAGUUUGCAUCCAACAGCUUCUAGCAUAAAUGUACUUGGUAACUUGAUGGGUAAGUUGUUCUCGAAAGGCUAGGGUAUGUUUUGGGUUGUGUCCCGAUAUCACCAUCGAAAUUGAUCAUAACCAAAAUUUGACCUUUA